AUGGAUCACAGAUAUCCUCAGGACGAUAACACCGAAUAUGAGAUCCCCCGAACCCACAAGAAUCGUAGCUAUCAGGACGCCCAAGGGGAAUACUGGAUCCCGGGAGGUGGCCAACAAUACGAAGAUCCACAGCUUGCGGGCUCGACAGUUAUAGACCCCCGACUCCAAUAUGAAGACUCAUCACCAACUAUACUUCCCCCAGGGACGUCCAUCGCAAGCUAUGGCGGGUAUAGACAAGCGGGAUACCAGGGGUAUGGGAGCUCCUCUUCGUCGCACCAACCCGCUGCCCAAUACUAUGAAAGUCAACAGCGACAACCCAUUGGUGGCGAAGCCGGAUAUGAACACGGCGCAUAUGAAUAUCAAGAGCAAGACAUCGCGAGUACCUUUCCGCUGAUCCACCCUCAUGGGACCGAUGAGUCCGAUCCUCAGAGCUCGGGCGACCGACUGCGGCCUGAAAAGAAGUAUCUGUGUCCAGUCGAGGCUUGUGAGAGGAGCCAUGAUGGGUGUGGCUUCACAACUCUUAACGACCUAGAACGGCACGGCCGAUCGAAGCAUGGAGAUGACGGCCAGUAUGUAGAAUGCAGACACGAAAGGUGUCCAGACAAAGGGAAGCGGUUCCCGAGGAGGGAUAAUUUUGUAGACCAUUUCUGGCGGGUCCAUGGAAACGGGUCUACAAAGGAAGCGAUGAAGGCCUAUGCGCUGGAAAAGGCCAAAGAAUGGAUGGUGGUAAAGCAGGCGGGGAAUUGGUCGAACCGAUAA